UACAAAGUAAACUGAGCUGUAACUGUGUUGACUGUCACUGUUAAGCGUUUUAAUUGUGAUGGUGUAUAUUUGUUAUAUAUCAUAAUGAUUUGCUAUAAUACAGAAAAGUGCGAACUUUGAUUAAUAUUUCGAAGUGAAUUUUGUUCACAUAAGCCUAAUUAAGUGGCUACGAGCGUACAUUGACAGCUGAGUUUGACGCUUUGACCUUGUCUUAUAGAAGUUGGUCUAUUUGUGGGCGUUCUUUGUUUCGACCGUUAUCUUGUGUAGAAGCUACAUUCUGUGUUUGUAAACACUAGUUGUCAACAAUUGUGGACAGAGAAAGGUUUUUGGAAGAGUUGGUCGAUUUUGUACACGAAUUUUGUAAUGUACCCAGUCGAUACAACAGUAAUUACACAAGGAGUCAAGAAACAACAAGGAAUAGGUCACCACCCAAUGGUUCUUGCCUUCAACCUUGUUCAUUCCAAGAGAAAAGGAUUCUUCAUAGGCCUGCCUCCGAAUAGAAUGCCGAUAAACUUUUUUGAUGGAAGUUUCAGUAACGGCUGGUCGAGCAGAUGCUGUUUUUAAAUAAUUAAUUUUGUUUAUUUAAAUCCCACCCUAAAUAUAAAAACUGGCAACAAAUAGCUAAACUAAGGUUUUUGUUUUAAAAAGCUUUUUGACCGCAACACAUUCUGAGGCUAUUUGGCUUCCUUGUUGCUGGUACAGUUUAAGCUAACAUUUGUUGCCCGUUUAACUGUAAAUAUUCCUGGUGCUCAUAGUGUUGAAAGUUUAAAUGUUUUAAUUCUUUUGAAAUACUGGACAUAAAAAUCAGUAAAAAAAAAAAUGAAGUUGCUUGAAAGUUCUCGUUUUGAGGCCAUAAACAAUGCUUUGUUCAUUCAGACUGGAGACUGUAAAAUUUGUGGAAGGAUCGAGAGCUACUCUUGCAAGAUGGCGGGCAACGACAAGCAGCUGUACAAGCGCUUAAACUCGGAGCAAGGCGUCACCCCCCACGACCUGCAGGCUCUCUCCCCGCGCCAGGUGUCCCCGGGAGUUUCCCCCGGAUGUUGCCAGUACAGCCGCAGUAUUUCAGGAGACGAGGAAGGCCCGUUGUGCGACACAAUAAGCCGCAAGACUUUGUUCUAUCUCAUUGCUACGCUCAACGCCUCCUUUCAACCUGACUAUGAUUUUGGUGAUGCUAAGAGCCAUGAAUUCAGCAAGGAACCAAGCCUGCAGUGGGUGAUGAACACCGUGGACAGUCACUUGAGUGCAACUGCGGGAGAGCAGUACAGAGUCCUGAGAGCUGCCCUGUGGACAGCUUUAGAUGACGAGAUAUCAAUGACGGACUGCGACAUUUACAGCUACAAUCCUGAUCUCGCUUCUGAUCCAUUCGGUGAAGACGGGUGUUUGUGGUCGUUCAACUACUUCUUUUACAACAGGAAGUUGAAGCGCAUUGUAUUCUUCACUUGCAGAGCCAUUAAUCCAAGCUACAUGUUGGAUUCAAGCAUUGCUGGCGACUUUGCCAUGGACGAAGAUGAAAUGUACUGAACAAAUCAGUUUCAGGGCAAGAAUGAACAAAACAUAUUUAGAAUUUAAUUUAAGUCAGUAAUCAUGAGUUUAGACUUUCACUUUGUAGAUAUUAGGCAUGCAGAAAUAGUGCUGUAGCAGUAGAUUUUAACACUUUAAAUUAAAGUUAUUUUAUAUAUAUUCUAUGCAUAUUUUACUUAAAAUACAGCAUUGCUAAUAUGUAGUGUUUUCCCCUUCAUUUUAGUAUUUUAACAAAAUAUUAGUAAUCAUAUUAAUAUUUUAAUGGUAUGUUAGCAUGCAUUUCAAAUUUUAAUGUUGAAUCUCUUCCUUUUCUGUAUAUUUUUAUUUUUAACUUUUAAAUUUAUGUUACUUGGUGUAAUUUGUAGUGGCUAUUACUUACAUGCUUUUAACUGUAACCGGAGAAUCAGGUUUUUAUGUCGGAACUGUUAUUACUUUAUUAGUCUUUGUAGUUAGUUUGUCUCUAUAGAAGUACCUGUUGUAUUGUUUUUAUAUUAGCAUUACGUGUUGCCAACAGCUUUUUUGUUGCUGUGCAUCCACCCACCCAUUUUGCAAGUUUCGCCUUGCGGUCACUGCCAGCAAACAAGAUUUUUGUACCAUUUUAGCAGAUUUCACGUAGCUUUAGGUGAGAACGUAUUUCCCGUCGGGUCAGUAAAAUUCGCAAAGACGCACUUGCUCAAGUGUUAAUCGCCAGAAACAAGUUUCUCAAACCGUUAAGAUUAGAGGCGGUUUGGCAAGAUGCCGCUUAAGACCGAAGUGAUUUCAUUAUAUGCGCACUGGUUUUUUAAUUGCUUCAGCGUUUUUUUUGUACAAAAAGUUUCUCUAUUUUGAGCAAAGUGAUUUUGAGAAUUAAUAGCAAUGGCAUGCAAUGCAAUCCUGGUGGUUGCUUUGUAUUUGUUCAUCACUUUUAAGAUUUUGACAGUCUUUUGAUAACCUUGCGAUUUAUACACUGGCAACUCUGCAGUGCUUCACAUUGUUGUGGAUUCAUUGUUCUCUCUCAAACAGUGCAAAUUCUCUCGCUUGCUGUCGCUGGCAUUGUCACAAUGCCAUGUUUAAGCCCUAAAGUGGCUUAAAAAAAAAUUACGCAUUAGGGUAAGAUAAAUUUAGCUUAUGUAUAGCAUUUUGGGCAUGUUCUUCAAUCAUGUAAAAAAUUUCCCGUAAAUUUUACGACAAUGAAACCGGCAAUUUAAUACUGUUCGUUCUAUUCCAUUACUAAGAACAACUUCCUUUUAUUUACUGAAAUAAGUGAAGUCCAAAAAGAAAUAAUAUAUUAAUUAUUUACAUAUUACUCUUUCACCAAGGUUAUUCUAGUUUGCGUUAAGGGAAACUACAUACUCUGAAGGUGUGUGACGUAUAGCGUUUCAGAAAAGUGAUUUUUCAUUGUAAAUAUGAGCCUUAACAGUUUUCUUUCAUUUUGACUAUGUACUGUCAUCACCAAAGAUUUAGUAGACAUAGUUUCAAUUCCAUAAAGUGAGAAUUCUUUUUAAUGGAAGGGAGAUUGCCUUAACAUUUGGCCAUUGGUUGGUUUACGAGCAGAGGAAUAUAUUAAAAUACAGUAAAAGAUAUUUGAAUCCGGCAUCUUCUGGAUCACGACCUCAGUGGAUUUUUUGAUUUUGCCGGAUCAUCAGACGUCACUGUAGCUUUAACAGGAAUACCAAAGAAAUGAGCCUGUUGAAGUGUAACCUGCUGGAAAAACAGGAAACACUGAACUGGAAUUAGAACUGACCGUGACGGUGAAUUGAGUGGACUAAAAAUGUCUGAAAUCACAGUAACAGCCUGGCGGCCAAUGUGAGCUAACAGAAUCCACCCAAACAAAAACCUAACGCGAGCAGCAUGAUUGCUGCUAGGUACGGAAUAUGCUCAAACCACGGAAUGCCGAAUUUGAGAUCUUUCACUGUAUUUACUUAUAUUUCCAGACAGAACAUAAAAACUUUUGCAUGUAUUUGUUAGUUUUAUUUCACAAAGUAAUUGAUCCAAGCAUGAAUAUUGUGCCAGUUUAAUUUUUCAAUAUAAAAUGUUCAUUGCAAAAUAAAAUCACAUUCAUCUGUAAUAUUUAUUAAAUAUGUGUUGUUCAGUUAUAUCUUAUGUAUAAUGCAUAAAAUAUGAAAUAUAUUAACAUAAUAAUCUUAAAUUUUAAUGGUUAGCGUUGUAAAAAUCUUUUUUGUCUUGGGAAAGUGAAAACCCAAAAUAGGUACAGAUAAUUUCAGCUGCUGAGUUAUGCAGUAAUGUUUUCUUGAAUGUAGGUUUUUGUGUGUAUAUGUAGAUGUAAAGGUGUUUGAAAUGCAUGAGUAUACACAUUGGUAGUAAUUUAGUGUGGGUUUUGAAUGUUGAAACACAUUCGGUGUCAAGUGGAAUUAUGUUUCUUAAUGAAGUUUAAGUUUAAGAUGAUGUAUUCACGAACAAAUUUGGUUUCAAUAGUAACCAAAGAAAUAGUGAACACCCCGAUUUUGUAGUGAGUGGUAGAGAAACUAACAUUUCACAUAAAAUGUGUGUUUGUACGCCAUAAAGUACAAAAUAUACAGUUGCUUAGUUAAAAGAAAAAAAAAGCAAUGUAAGUGUUAUGCUUGAACCUAAAAAGAAAAAUUAACGGAUUUCAUUGGAGUAAUUCUUACCAAUUGAUUUAUGGAUCAGGUAGAUUAUAUAAAUCAAUUGUAUUUACUGUUUGGCCAUGACUUUGUCGAUGCUUGUUUAAAUUAUUAACAUCAAUAUGUUUUGGUUAGAGCUGAAGUUGUGGCAGUGUUUGAUAAAAAAAAAAUGGAGGGUGGGGGGGUGUCUAAUCGAAAAUAUUUGGCAUUCAUGAAUAGUUAACUUAGAAAUUGGAGGAGAGGAAGGAAUAAUAAAAGGGUCUGGUAAUGUAGAAUGUGUGAAGCAGAUAUUACAGAUGUAGAUUAUGCUAGUAAUAGUGGGAUUUUAAAAAAAAUAACAUAGAAUAGGAAGACUUGGAGCCUAAUGUCAAUCAUUUUAAUAGCUAUUAUUUACUUGGAACACACACUCACUUGCCAAUUUAUGUUUAUAUUACUACAUCAAUAUUUCCUAGAUAUUAAUGUAAAAUAAAAAUUAUAAAAAAUACAAUUUAAAAUUACAGUGAAAUGGUGCUUUUUGGACUGUGACCGUGCCGGUGUAGAGACUUUGCUGGUUUAUCAGAUGUCAAUAGAGUUUUAACAGGAAUACCGUAGAUAAAAUUAAUAGAUUGCAAUGAUAAUUUGAAACAAGUUGUUAAUCUGCUCUAUGGAAAGAAAAAAAUGCACACAAGCAUUAGGCCUGUGCAAAUAAUAGUUUGCUGAUGCGAAGCUAAUAUCAAAUUGAAUGUUUAAAAUAUUCAUGAAGUCAAAUGCAGUUGCGAAUUGUUCUUGGCGAAGCUGUAUUACACUUAAUUUAUAAAAUACAGGAGUGAAGUAAAAAAAAAAAUAGAUUAUCAUGAUAUAACAUUUUGAAUUUUUGGACUGAUUAUGUGAUUAACCAAUUGGGUCCUAUACUUUUAACAUUUUAUACAUUGUUCAAAAAAUAUUUUUAAAUAUUCAUAUAUAAUAUUAAUAUGAGCAUUCAUAAAAGCAAACUGUAUGCCACCUUCAAAUUUUAAGUAACUAACUUUAUUUAAGAAAAACAAACACAACACAAAAAAAACCUAAAUAUUUUCAUGAGCUGAGUGUUAAGGCUUCAAUGUUUUAAAGCUUUGCAAAAAAUGCAUAGCAUCACAUCAGAAGUUAAGCUUCAAAUAAAACAAAUAGCAAAAUUUCCUUGCGAAGUGAAAACAAAUUCUAAAAAGAGCUUCGAUUGAUUCGCUUAGUCGAAGCUUCACACAUGCCUAAUAAGCAUAACUGUUGUGAAAAUGUCUCUUCAUACAACAUGCGGUGACCGUGGUUUCGAUCUCUUCAAAAUGUUUGAAAAUGAACACCAAAAGUGCAGGUAUGGCAGUUUUGCAAAUUAUGGUCAAGGUCAACAAAUGCCUGAAUUCACCCAGAAAAAAAAAUCAGAACAUGAGUGGCUUAAUCAAUGCUAGAUUUUUCAGAAUCUGCUGAACUGAAGCAUGCUGGAUUAUAAACCGCUGGCUGUAUGGAAAAUUUAUUGUGUUAAUUUUAUUCAUGUUUUGCUCAAUUUAGAAGAGUUUUUACGAACUUUAAAGGCAUUACACUGAAAUUUUUGUUCAAAAAAAUUACAUUUCACUAAAAAUAAAACACUGUAUGUUAUUUUUAAUUCUUAAAUUAACAAACUAUACAUAACAAGUGAAAACUAUUGGAAACUACCUGUCCACAAAGCAUUAAAUGAACUUCAUGUUUUUUUGUAAAUUGAAUACAUGUAUCAAUACCGUUCUUAGUUUUGUUUAAGUGUAGAAUACGAGCUUAGUGAAUGUAUGUUCAUUGGUGCUACUUAUUCAUCUAAUUAUUAUUUUCUUUUGCACUAUAUCACAAUAAUUCAGUAAGGUUGACUGGUGCUUGGUACGUAUUUAUGAAACCUUACAAUGUCGAAAGAUGUACAUCCGUGUUGUAUAGUAAAACUGCUAUGCUUGUAACUCAAGAUGGAAAAAAAAAAUUGUCAUGAUUUCAUUAACGUUACCCAUCUUGUAAUUCCUUACAGGAAACAUGUUUAAUGUAAUGUACUGGUUAUUACUGGCUAUUUUUUAUUUUAAUCCUAAUCUCUGUAAAAGUGUAACUACUUGACAGUGUAAGGAAAAAUGUCAGUGUGUGUCUAUAUAUAUAUAUAUAUACACAUAUACACACCAAUCCCUCACUUAGCACGACUAAUUCGUUCCUAAAAAUGUUCGUGUUAAUCGAAAUCGCGUAUUCUGAAGCAUUAGUCCCCAUAAAUAUAAGGCUAAAUUAUUUAAUGUGUUCCAAGAUGUGUAGGGAAGUAAUCUUUACAUAAUAUAAAUGCGUAGAAUAAUACUUGAAAAUGCAUAUGUCAUAUCAUUUAUCUUUUUAAGCCUACCACCGAAUACGUUAGAUAAAGAAAACAUGGCACAGUGUAACGGGAGAUAAGUGGUAACAUAUUUACCGUCAGUCAGCAGGUUGGCUUGCCCGCCCAGGCGUGACCUUCAACACGCGCGCGCAUCUGUCUGCCUGCUGUAGCAAGCAGCUGGAUCCUUUGUUAUUACGUUUAAAACUUAACAAAAUUAAAACACUUUUAUGAAAUUAAGAACCGGUUUUAUGUAACUUUAAAACACACAGCCAUAUGUAAACAUUUAAUUUGUUAUGCACACCUCUUAUAAAAGCGGCAAUGUAAACAAAUCAGUUAACAGAUAAACAGAUUUAGAUUUUCCCUAGAGCACAAACAUAACAUUAAAAUACGGGUACACUCCCUAUUUAACGCGGUUGUCGGGGGACAUAACUUUUACCCGCGUUGUUGCAUAACCGCGAUGUUUCGAUGUGACCAAGGUCAAAAGGCAUAAAACACCGCCUGUGUUCUAAUAGGUCGGCAAGCACGCACAGUAUAGACGGCCCGCCUUUGUGCGGACUUUGCAUCCGCAGUUUCCACUAAACACGGGUGCAAAAAUAAAAAUAAUAAAUUUUAAAGAUAAAUAUUAAAUGUUGAAUUGUUUUUAUUUUUCCGCGUGCCGCGCACAGUUUGUCGCACGGCCUACGAGCGCGCCACACGCCGCCAUACACACGUGCGGCACACAAGCUGCUGCUGCCAGUCUCGUGGUGUUAUCCACAGUAUCUGCUUCGUCAGUGUCCGUAAAAAAGUAAGUGCAGUGUGUGCGGUUACACACGAUUCUGUGGUCAAAGUCUUCUAAAAAGAAAGGCCGUAGUGAUACUUCAAACCGAAUAUGAAUCGCAAAGUACCGAGUUUGAUUGACAAAAUAAAAAUUUUAGAUUUACUUACAGAUAGCUUGUCUUUUGUAGAAGCUGGCCGCAGAUACAGGAAAAAAACGAUUCUAGCAUUCGUACAAUAAACAAUAAAGAAUCGUCUAUCGUGUCAAGUGGUUAAACUUUAUUAUCCAUGCUUACAGUAAAUUAUAAAUGGUCACAUGUGGGAAACAAAAAUUGUGCCAAUUUAAUUUUAGCGCAAUCAGUGACGCCGUAUUAAAAACCGUGUUAAACUUUGUCUUUACUUAUUUCACCAAACGCUGUGUCGAGUUGCUGAGUGUGUGUGGCUCGGAUCGGCAAGUGUUAUAUUCCCCAGCCUCUGUUUAAAGGUCGGGAGACCGCUACACAUAAACAUUUCCGGGACUUGUUUACUACCUCACGGCAAAAGUGGUACAGUAUGGUUCACGUAAAUAUUGGACCACUGGGAAUUCCUGGGCAAAGAUUAAAAAUACGCUAGCCGAUUUACUUUACUAUUUAAUGUUAAAACAUUAUACCAAAGUAAAAAGAUGAACUUGUAUAAUACAAUGAAUUACCCAAUAAUAUUACGUCUGUAGGUGUAACAAAACAUUUAUAUACAGAUGUCCAGUAAAGUACCAAUUAAGAUUCUGGAGUGGAAUUUUAAACACCGGACUACCUGAUUUUGCCUUGUACGCAGCGACGCUGCUCAGUCAAGUGACUCAUGCUCUGCCUGUGUGCUGCGUGAACACAUUCCCUCCCCCACUCCCCCUGGUGUUUCUGCCCGCUCUAAUCUCUACCUCUCUCCAUGUUCUCGGCUAGCCUCUCCCUACCCAGCGCUUGCCGACAACCAAGCCUAUCCAACAUCAAUCCCAAGCCGAGUCACGCUGGAUAAUGUCGCUGGAUGGUGGGCUUUAUCAGGUCCCCUGUCCGAUGCUUCAUUUGUGAGAUAAAGCGACGUUAAGAACUAGUGUUUCAGAAAAUAUCACUGGGCUGGAUUGGACCAUAAUUUGAAAACCCUACAAGAUAGAGGAAUAAUGUACGGAGAUAUCUUGUUUAGAAUUUUACUGCGGACAUUUUCUACGCCUAGGCUUUUUUCUGCCCGAUGCUUAGUUUGUUAGUUACAACGCAAAAUUAUCCUAAUCGGCUGUCAACCAUUUAUUCCAUUAUUAUUAUUAUUCAUUUCUGACUGGGGGACAUGGUUUGACCCGCGAUAUACCCGAUUCUGCGAUCAAUCGGGGCGCGAUAUACCGGGAGUUUACUGUAUGUACCAUAUGUACAUAUACAAAACAUAAAAGUUAGUUAAAUAUUUUCUGGGGUGAAAUUAACACUAUCAUCUUGCUUUUUUUUAAAAAAACGUGUCCAAUUUCAUCUGCUUUGGUUUCUGUACGGUACGGCCUGGUCUGCAGCCGGGCAUCAACGGCCGGGCAUCAACAGUACGGCCCGGUGUUUGUUUAUCUGCGUGCGCAUCUCUUUCCCCUCGCAUUCCAAACCACUCUUCCCCCCUCGAAUUCCAUACCUGACGUCGCGGCGUUUCCGAGAUUUUUUUUAGCCUGUGGCGAUUUCGUGCUAACUGAAAUUUACAGACGUGCUAUUCGAGACUAGGGCAGUAAAAUUUACAUCGUGCUAACUGAAUUCGCAUUAAGUGAAGACGUGCUAUGCGAGGGAUUGGUGUGUGUGUGUAUAUAUAUAUAUAUAUAUAUAUAUAUAUAUAUAUAUAUAUA